UAGUGGCGGCGACAGUGCAAUCUGCAUUCUGAUUUCUGUGCAAUGUGCAUAAUAAAAUAAGUAUUAAAUGCUUACAAGUUAACGGUUGUUAGUUAUAACAAAAAUAAAACAUAAUUAUUUAAAAAUAGUUUAAACUUAUUUAUUACUCGCUUGUUUAGCAAUAUCUUUGUAAUGAAUACAUUAACAUUUUCAAAACUAGUUUCUAACAUUAAGACGCUGAUUUGUCACAAUCAAGUGCGAAAUGCGUCAAAGAAGUCCGGUACGAGCACAGCCAAUGUUGGCGGUCGUGUUCGACCUAAGCACAGAGGCAUAAGGUACAACGAAGGUCAUUGGGUUUCAGCAGGAACCAUGUUAGUAUUGCAGAGAAACCUGAGAUUCCAUCCUGGGCUUCAUGUGGGAUUCGGCCGUAAUGGUACACUGUUUGCUUUGGAAUCGGGCAGAGUGAUGGUAACGUGUGAAAAAAUAGAUCCCAAAUGGGAUCACACGUGGAUACAGAGAAUCUACGCGGGACGACAAGGACAGACAAUUUAUAAAAAAUUCUUUAAUAUUUUACCAGAACCUCAACAUAAUAGAUUUAAGCUAGUGGAUGCAAUAUAAUUUUAAUGAAAUUUGCUGUGGCAUAAUAUGAGACUAUAAUUUCCGAGUUGUGUAGAGAUUUUUUUUUUUAUAAAUAGUUGUUAAUAAAUUGAUUUUGCAUACUAA